AUGACCGAGGUCGAGCGUACCGACUUUUCCGCGCUGAUCCAGUCAAAGAGAGCAAGAUGCAGAGCGUCGAAGAAGAGGAAGCUUCGCGAGGUUUACUGUGUCGCGACACAGCGGGACGCCCUACCGCUCCUCGACCCUCCUGCCAACGAUGCAGAAACCCCCACACAAGAGGAAAGGCGGUUCCUCAAUGAUAAUGCCGUCUUGAAAGGGCCAUUCCUGAACGAGCGCAAUCUGCCCCCGCGACAGAUACCACCAUUCAGCCUGCCCAAGUCUCAAGGAACGAGUCCAAGGUCUAAGAGCCAAAACCCAUUGGAUACUUCGAAUCAUGGCAAGGAAACCGGUGUCGGGCUCGCACAGUCCGCCCCGGGAUCCCACGCCGCGCAGACACGACCAGACGCCGAUGAGUCGCGCGUUGCGACCACGAUACCGCCUGCAGCCACGCCAGGAGGAGCCGGGCAACCGAUCGCCGAGCCGUCACGGGUGGAUCAGGAGAGUUUCGCCCCGGCUCUGCCCCCUGCCCAAACUACAGGGCUCGAUUUACCGAACGGAGCAUCAAACGACGGAAGCAUCGCCGCCUCGAAUACCGACUUGGCUGGGACAUCCACUGCGAACCGCUCGGGGACAGCUGGCAGGGAGGUCGCCUUCGUUGAACCGGACAAGCAGCGGGCGGACUCGACGGCCGCGCAACGAUGGCAGAACGCGGAGGAUGUGAGCCGAGAACCAGCGUCUGAUGCGAUGGAUGUGGACGAGACACCCGGCCGCUCCGAUGAGCAGCCGAGAUUGAGUUCCCUCAGGAAACCACCACCUCUAGAUGCUUCAAGGCCAUUGGACGUCUUGUCUUCUCCAGGUUCUACCACACAGACAGCCACGACACCCGCCGUGCAGGAUGCAUCUCCCGACACCAGCCCCGAUAAUGAGGGCCCACCGUACCCCGGGGAUGAUGAUGAUUCCGUGCGCAGGAAGACAGACGAGGACAAUCGUGACCUGGCAGGGUCCGGAGAGGCCCCGGACCAGAAUCAAAGGGGAGAAGGGUUUGAUGUGGCCGCUGCGCAGCCGGCGCCUGCGCCUCCAACCGAACCUGUAGAGUCGACGACAUCAGCCAGUGGUCUUCAAAGCAGUACGGCUAUUGUGGAAACAGGGGCUUCCAAUCAAUCCGUCGCAACCGCAGAUUCCGCACCGUCAUCUGGCCAUCUCUCCGACUCUAAUGCUGCUGCGGCUGCAGUCACAAUCUCUGACGAAGCGCCCACAACUCGGCCUCAGGCAGGUAGUCAAGCCACGCCCUCGUUCGCUCAAGACGAGGCUCAUCAGAAGACCCGACGACCCUCUCCACUUCAACUUGCUGGUAGUGCCACGAGCCAAGAGAUCACUGGGCCAGCAGAUGCGGUCAGCCAGGAGCCGGGUGCAUCGUUUUCUGCAUCCAUGUCAACGCCUCUAACUAAUGGAACUGGAUUUGACCUGAAGACCCAGGUAUCCCAGGUCUCACUGGCCGACCAUGUCCCAGACUCGCAGACCGAAGAGACGGUCGUGCAUGAGCAUGAUCAGCGCCCAGCUAGCUCUGUCCUUCGGGCAAGAUCGUUGGCCGAGAAGAACGGCCACAAGCACAGGAGGGCUCCUACUGUGGUCUUCGAGAAAACGAAAAAGAAACCGGGCGAGACUAUAGUUGCCAGUCGGUCACAGUCUCGGCCUGACCGCAUCCCAACUGAGGAUUAUUUCGUUCCACUGUUCUUUGAUGGCUUCACGAGACAGUCUCCAUGGAUGAGGAGUCCCGAACAGUUAUUGGUCACUUCACACAAGACGAUCUCGACACCAGACUGUGGCAUUGCUCUUCAUGAGAACCAAGCCUGCAAGGUUUUGCGCAGGAUAUACCACCUACAGCAGCACGACAAGUGGUCUUUGAGACAACCGAAGAGAUGCCCAGAGCCAACGCGGCCUCCCUCGCAUUGGGACCUAUUGUUGCAGGAGAUGAAGUGGAUGAGGACUGAUUUUCGAGAGGAGCGGAAGUGGAAGAGGGCAUGUGCACGAAGUCUGGCCGAGGCAUGUGCCGAAUGGGUGGCAUCUAGUCAAGAGGACAGAAAGGUCUUGCAGGUAACCGUGAGAAGUCCACCAAUUGAUGGUGAACAUUCAUCUAGCAAGACUGGGACAACUCCGCCCGAAGAGGAGUCUUUGCCAACGCCGAUGCCCGACCUUGUCCCCUCGGGAGAUGCUGACUCUCCAAUGGACAUCGAUGACGAGCCUCGGGACUGGAACGCUCAGACAGUUGCUCCAUCUGCGAUUUUUGCUCUUCAGGACGACGAGGUCGUAUUCAGUCUUCAACAGUCGUCGACAUCCGAACAACUCUUGGAGGAGCUACCUCUGUAUGGCGCGCCGCUGAAGUUGCCUCAGUUCGAUGUCACUGGCCCUGGGUAUGAUCCGGAUGGUCAAUGGCGCAGGCCAGCCUUGCCACUCAGCAAAUAUGUCGAAGGCGAGAUGACGCUCAAGUCAGCAGGUCCUCGACCGAGGCGGAGUCGAUAUCAAUACGCAGUAGAGGACGAGGACGAUGAUGACGAAGUAAUAUUUGGCGACGACCAAGGUCGAAGCUCGGACCUGCCCCCAGAGAACACGGAUGUGGCUCUGUUCCGCCCGGAAAUGAAGCUGGUGCGGGACCGUCUUCAUGCUGGACACCAGUUCAGGCCGCCUACCGAGUCGCUCAUGCCCCUGCAGAGCUUCUUCGAGUCCAGGAUCGCCUCCCAGUGGACCCCGGCGGAAGACGAGGAGCUCAGAAAACAAGUACGCGAGUACUCGUACAACUGGUCCUUGAUAUCCAAGAACAUCUCGUCGAAAUCCCUUUUCAUUUCUGGUGAAGAGAGACGGACGCCAUGGGAAUGUUUUGAGCGCUGGGUCCAACUAGAGGGUUAUCCGAAUGACGUGGCUAGGACGCAGUACUUCCAGACUUACCAGAGAAGGAUUGAUCAAGCGCAGAGGGCCAUCGCAUUAGCCAACCACAACGCAACGCAGCAAGCUGUUCCGAACGGUGCGGUCGUACCACGGCGGCGACCAACUUUGCCUGUGCGGGUCGAGAGACGGACUCCUAGAAGACAUCUAGCCUUGAUUGACGCCAUGAAGAAGCUGGCCAAGAAACGCGAGGCAGCCGCCGCUAAGCAGCAGCAGAGCACGAAUAACCAGAGCAGGAGGACGUCGACGGAAGCCCCGCAGCAAAAGCUGAAUAUCAAGACGCCAGAAGACUAUGCCCGAGCUAGGCACGAACGGGACAAGCAGAUGACUGAAAAGAUUGCGAGGACACUUGCCGCGCAACAGCAAGAGGCCCAGAGAAGAGCUGCAAUGCAAGGCAGAUCUCAGACUCAAAUGGCCCAAGUGGCAGGUGCGCCGGGAGGCUCACAGGCCGCCCGGACGGUCGCUGCAACACAUGCCGCUGUCGCAGCAAAUCCAUUGUUGGCUCGCACGCUCGGGGUCGCACAACAACGGCCGGGCAUGCCAAUGCAACAACAAAACGCGAUUGCCGCACAGAUGGCAGCAGCAGGUGGUCUCGUCCCUCAUAUGCCUGUCAAUGGCAUGGCCCAGCCCUCACAGGCUCAGCUAGCUGCUUUCCAGCAACAGCAAGCGGUCCAGAGGGCAGCAUUGGAGUCAAGAAGGAUAGCAGAGCAGCAGCGACGGCAACAGAUGGCCAAUCAGGCCCAGACUCAGGGCCAGAUGCCGCCCCAGGUCCAAGGCCACACUCCUCAACCGCAGCAGCAGCAGCAACAGCAACAAUCACAACAGCCGCAGCAACAGCAACCGCAACAACACCAGGCCAGCCGCAGCAACAACAGAUGCCACCGCAGCACUCCCCUCCACCGGCUCAGACGCAGCCGGCCCAGCAGCCUCAGCAAGGCCCGCAACCCCACCCCAUGCCGAAUGGCUCGAAACAACUACAUGAUCAACUCCAUGUCCCCAUACACUCCCAACGGCAUGGGCAUGGCCACCUCUCCUGGGGCAGUCGGGAUGGGAAUGCCGAACGUGGGAGCUGGGUCACCACCGGCGCCUAAUUUCAACCGGCAGCAGCAGCAGUUGCCGCCGCAAAUCCAAGCGCAGAUCAUGGAGAUCGAGAAUCAAAUCAGGGCCAAGUAUCCAAACAUGAGCCAGCAACAGGCCCACGGGCAGGCGCUCCACAUCAUGCAGCAACGCUUGAUGCAGAACCAAGUGGCAAGGAACAACGUCGCCCAGACUGCCAUGGACGCCGCGGCUGGAAGCCCCCAUCAGCAGCAGGGCAUGGUGAAUGGCAUGCCAGCCGCAGCGAGCCCUCACCAGUACGCGCAGAUGCUGAGGCAACACCAACAGCAACAGCAACAGCAGCAAGUUGCCCAGGCACAGGCUGCCAAUCAGGCCAACCAGCAGCAGCACCAACGCCAACCCAGCGGAGGGGCAACUCCCAUGGCAGGCAGAUAA